AUGACUUCAUUACAAACCGAAGACGAAAUCUAUGAUGUUCUCAUCAUCGGUGCAGGCCCCUGUGGUCUUGCCAUCUCUGCUCGUCUUCACGAACACACACCCGCCGCACUCUUCACAGACGAAGAACACCGUCGCUUCCACUGGAUCUCCAAGUAUGGCAACAAAAUGCCCCUGAAGCACGUCCGAAGCGGUAGAAUCACAGCUGCCAAGUCUCCCGUCCAAAAGCCGCAGUACAGGAUGCUCGUGCUUGACGCUGACAGUGAUACCUGGAUGGGUCGCUGGAACAGACUGUUCAAGAUGUACGACAUCUCACAUCUAAGAAGUCCUAUGCUUUGGCAUGUUGAUCCUCUUGAUCGUGAUGCCUUGCUUGCGCAUGCGUAUGCGAAUGAAAGAGAGGAUGAACUCAUUGAGAUUCGGAAUUGUGUGGGCAAGGAGGUUAGCAAGCAUGGGAGAAAGAAGAGUGGUCAACGAGCUUGUGGUAGAAGACAAGAAGCUCGUGUUGACAUCAACGUGAGAGAGCGCAACGACUACUACAACCCCUCUACAGCUCUCUUCUGCGACCAUUGCGAAAAGGUGGCUGCUCGGUAUAGUCUGGGCCCAGACAUUAUCCGCAAAGAAGCCCUCGAGCAUUUAGACUACGGCGAAGUCAAGGGUGUCUCCAUAGACGGAGAGAAGCUCUUCACUGUGACGUCCAACAAAGUCCGUCGCUAUGCUCGCACAGUGGUAUUAGCUGUCGGUCCCGCCAACGUGGCCAAGAUCCCACACAUCCCCUCUAUGCCUGACACUGGGAAGCUCCCUCAGACAUGUCACAGCAUGCACAUCACAGAAUUUCCCGAUCCUCUGGUGAAACAGAGAAUUGCUGCACGUCGAGAAACGAAUAUUCUUGUCGUGGGCGGCGGUCUCACGUCUGCGCAGUUGACGGACCUGGCUAUUCGCAAAGGAGUGACCAAAGUAUGGCAUGUCAUGCGUGGACCUCUACGUAUCAAGCACUUUGACGUUUCGCUCGAUUGGAUGGGCAAGUUCAAGAACGCCAAGCAAGCACAGUUCUACUAUGCUGAUUCUGACGAUGAGCGGAUUGAGAUGAUCAAGGAGGCCAGAGGUGGAGGAAGCAUCACUCCAGUGUUCCACAAACGCCUCAAGAAGCAUCUCGCCACCAAGAAACUGGAACUCUUUACAGAAACAAACCUCGUUGAUGCAUCGUUCGACGCAGAGAGCGGUACCUGGACUGUUCAAACAAACCCGCCUGUUGAGAUGCCAGCUAUGGAUUACAUGUACUUUGCAACAGGCAUCCAAACAGAUUUCUCCUCUCUUCCAUAUCUGCAGACUAUCUUGCAGAAACAUCCUAUCGAAGGACGAGGUGGAUUCCCCUGCAUCAACAACGACCUCAUGUGGAAUGAUGAGGUCCCGCUGUUCAUGAUGGGAAGGCUCGCAGCACUGCGUCUCGGGCCCGCAGCGCCGAAUCUUGGAGGUGCACAAGUCGGUGCUGAGAGAGUUGCAUGGGCAAUAGAAGAUCGAUUCCCAAGACCUGGCGAGGUUGAAGCGGUGGAGGAUCACAGGAAGGGAUACUUGUCAGGUCAUGGAAAUAUGUACAGCUCUUUAGCUUGCGAGUAA